ACACAAAGCUGGCAUUACAAGUGACGUAUCCAUCUUAUCACUACACCGCCGUCCACCGUGAAGUUCACCCAUGGAUAUCUUCAAUCGACCGCCAUCCGUUUCCGAGGAUACAUUGCAUUACACGGUGGUUCUACCUGCCGCCUUACAGGACAAGGCGUCUGCGGCCUCACUAGCAGCGUGCAUCCAUGACUUCACGUCCUCCCUGUUGCCUAAUUUUAUCUGGCAUCGGGAUUCCUUCCAGCUCAAGGUCAUUCCAGACCCCGCUUCCAGCCAGCAAGACAAUAAAUUUGCCUUUGAAGGCCGUAUGCGCAUCGGGGAUUGCGUGGACGAUGAGUGGUGCGUGGUCUGGCUCCUCAGAGAGAUAUCAUCCCGUUGGGAUGUGGUCAUCAGCGUCAACGACUCGGAUGGCGAAUUUCUGCUUAUCGAAGCUGCAGACUUCCUCCCUGGCUGGGUCAAUCCUUCAAAUGCACUGAACCGGGUAUGGAUAUACAGUGGUCGCCUGCAUCUCAUCCCGUUGUCUCACGUCUCGGUGCCAAACAAAUCACGAAGACAUCCCGUUGCUAUACAACAGAAGGAACUUAGUACCGGACUCGAGGACAGCGAUGAGGAUUAUAUUGCUAUUGACGAUGCUUUACGUCUCGUUCGAGAUGCGUGCAUUUGCACUCUAGCUCCGAAUGAGGUGGAGGACGCCGUUUGGAAGCGAAUAUCUGGAUAUCCCAGCGCCGCAGAAAGACAUGUACACACGACCAAGGCCUACCUUCCUGUCGACGUUGCUCGCGCACUUUCCGUCGAUCGUUCCCUUGUCCAAAAGGCAGUCGAAACUUUCUACACCCGUGACGCUAUCCAACUCCGAGCGGCGCACCGUAUGGCACGCUUUCCCCCGUCCCCAAAUGUUCUCAGAAAUGUACGGAUGACACGAACAGCAUUUGCUCAGCUUAUGGGCCAAAAAUUUCACCCUCCAAGAAUUUUUGGGCAAUUCGAGGAGCGUGAAGAUACUAACGCAUGGCGCUGGCGUGAUAUUGGUAUGAAACUUGCUUGCGGUUUCGAGAUGCUCUAUCAAGAGUCAAAGAGUCGCUCAAAUAUUACGACCGACCAAAUUGCAUCCUCCAGUGAGGCUAGGAAGGAUGCGCUACAUCGCACACUGGAAUAUAGAUCUUUCAUUUCGAGACUAGUAUCUUAUGGUUAUUUCCGUGACGAACGCGAGGGGUCCCAACUUUGGAAGGAACUUGAAGAUAAAGCAUCUGAAGUUUACAUCGAAGCCCUCCGUACAAGCGAGUCGUCGAGACCAUCGUUCACGACCCAGUUUAACGUGGCGUUAUCCCGUGCUAGUGAGGUUCUUCCAAACGACGUUGGACCAGAAGACUCAGAUGAAUGGUUGAACGUUGACGCCUCAAGCUUUGAUGCAAUGCUCACACAAUCCGUGAAUGAUGGCGAACCGGACAUCAUGGAUAUUGGUUCUGACGGGCAGGAAAACAGUCGGUCCAUUCAGGAACAGUCGGGAAGGUUGCGUGACCUUGCUUCGAAAGUAGAGCAGUUUGUAGAGGGAGAAGGUGACUUGGAAGGUGCACGCUUCGAAGAUGAGGCAUUUUCGGAUGGUGAUGACAGCGACAGUGUUCAAGAAAUUGUCGACACAGAUGAGGAGGAACCGGAAGGGUUCACUGCUGGCGAGGUCGCUCGCCAAGAGGCGAUGGCCAAGCUUGUCCCCCCACUUCCUGCCACUGAGUAUGGUCAGAUGCCUGCUUCUUUCAACACCCAACGUGUCGCUAAAACUACGAUUGAAAACGAAACCGUGGACAUUCCGUCUGAGAGUGCAACCACAGAGGCUAUUUCAACUCGACCGAUCCGCCGACCACUUCUACCACGCGAUAAAUACGAAGGGAUUGACUCCGAUGACGAAGCUUCCUCCUCUGACCCCAUCGCAGGCGACGAAGAUGAAUAUGAGUCAGAAGAGGACCGCCCACAAGUGGUGGGAGAAGUGGAAAUCGAUAUGACAGAAGAACAAGAUGAGUUCAUCGAAUUCUCGCGCCAGACACUCGGAAUAUCCGAUGAUAUGUGGAACGACAUCCUCCAGGAACGAGUUCGUCGAGGAGCGUUCGUUCCGAAGUAUCCGAAAUUUGAUAAGAAAUUCCGGCAAGUUCAGCAAACAGAGCCAGAGAUUCAGAAGACCGGGACCCCAACCUCGGAAGCGGCAUUACGCAUGCCGACUAGUGGUCCCCGUCCUAAUGCUAACCCGAACCUUAAUUCGUUCGAAGCCGUCAUGCAGGCCAUGGAUUCGGAGCUCAAACGUCUCCGUCAACCUGAAGCCGGAACAGCGAAAGUAUCCCGGCCCGCAGACAAGGGGAAAGGAAAAGGUCCUCCGAGUGCUGGCUUGGAUAUCGAUAUCGAAGCCGCAAUGGAAGCCGAACUUAAUGCUGCCCUUGAGAAAGGUGAUGCAGAAGAUUCGGAAGAUGAAGACGAGACUUCUUUGGACUACAAUCUUAUCAAAAACUUCCUCGAGAGUUUCAAGAGUCAGGCUGGUCUUUCUGGGCCAGUCAGCAAUCUUGCUGGACGGCUAGUGCCAGAUUGGAAAAUGCCUAGGGACGAUGCCUAGUUUACAUGUGAUGUAGGUCUAGCUCGGCUGGUUGAGGUUAAUACGAACUGUGUUUCGCG